AUGACAAGCCGACCGUGUCGCCGGCCAUUAUCUACUGUCGAGGUUCACCUAGUUCUUUCGCGGCUGCGCACUAUAGAUGACGCUCUUUCUCUUCUUUACUUUUCCUCUCUUUCUUUUCUCUCCUUUCUCUUAUUUACUUUUCCUCUCUUUAUUUUAUGUACCUUCUCUCUCUUAUUUACUAUUCUUCUCUUUCUUUUCUCUCUCUUUUCUCUCUUAUUUACUAUUCUUCUCUUUCUUUUCUCUCUCUUCUCUCUCUCAUUUACAUUUCUUCUCUUUCUUUUCUCUCCCUUCUUUCUCUUAUUUACUUUUCCUCUCUUUCUUUUCUCUCCUAUCUUUCUCUUAUUUACUUUUUUUCUCUCUUUUCUCUCCCUUCUCUCUCUUAUUUACUUUUCCUCCCUUUCUUUUCUCUCCCUUCUCUCUCUUAUUUACUAUUCUUUUCUUUCUUUUCUCUCCCUUCUUUCUCUUAUUUACUUUUCCUCCCUUUCUUUUCUCUCCCUUCUUUCUCUUAUUUACUUUUCCUCUCUUUCUUUUCUCUCCCUUCUUUCUCUUAUUUACUUUUCCUCCCUUUCUUUUCUCUCCCUUCUUUCUCUUAUUUACUUUCUUCUCUUUAUUUUAUGUACCUUCUCUCUCUUAUUUACUAUUCUUCUUUCUUUUCUCUCUCUUCUUUCUCUUCUUUACUUUUCCUCCCUUUCUUUUCUCUCCCUUCUUUCUCUUAUUUACUUUUCCUCUCUUUCUUUUCUCUCCCUUCUUUCUCUUAUUUACUUUCUUCUCUUUAUUUUAUGUACCUUCUCUCUCUUAUUUACUAUUCUUCUUUCUUUUCUCUCUCUUCUUUCUCUUCUUUACUUUUCCUCCCUUUCUUUUCUCUCCCUUCUUUCUCUUAUUUACUUUUCCUCUCUUUCUUUUCUCUCCCUUCUUUCUCUUAUUUACUUUUCCUCUCUUUCUUUUCUCUCCAUCUUUCUCUUAUUUACUUUCUUCUCUUUUAUUUUAUGUACCUUCUCUCUCUUUUACUAUUCUUCUUUCUUUUCUCUCUUUUUCUCUUAUUCUUUUUUCUUUUCUCUCUCUUCUUUCUCUUAUUUACUUUUCCUCUUUUUUUUUCUCUCCUUCUUUCUCUUAUUUACUUUUCCUCCCUUUCUUUUCUCUCCUUCUUUCUCUUAUUUACUUUCUUCUCUUUAUUUUCUCUUUUCUUUCUCUUAUUUACUUUCUUCUUUCUUUUCUUUUCUUCUUUCUCUCUUAUUUACUUUUCUUCCCUUCUUUUCUCUCUCUUCUUUCUCUUAUUUACUUUUCCUCCUUUCUUUUCUCUCCCUUCUUUCUCUUAUUUACUUUUCCUCUCUUUCUUUUCUCUCCCUUCUUUCUCUUCUUUACUUUUCCUCUCUUUCUUUUCUCUCCUUCUUUCUCUUCUUUACUUUUCCUCUCUUUCUUUUCUCUCCUUCUUUCUCUUAUUUACUUUUCCUCUCUUUCUUUUCUCUCCUUCUUUCUCUUAUUUACUUUUCCUCCCUUUCUUUUCUCUCCUUCUUUCUCUUAUUUUUACUUUUCUCUCUCUUUCUUUUCUUUCUUUUCUCUCUUCUUUCUCUUCUUUUUUUCUUUCUUCUCUUUAUUUUCUUAUUUACCUUUCUCUCUCUUAUUUACUAUUUUCUUUUUCUUUUUUUCUCUCCUUCUUUCUCUUCUUUACUUUUCCUCUCUUCUUAUUUUUCUCUUUCCUUCUUUUUCUCUUAUUUACUUUUCCUCUCUUUCUUUUCUCUCCUUCUUUCUCUUAUUUACUUUUCUCUCCUUUCUCUCCUUCUUUCUCUUCUCUUCCUUCUUUUCUCUUUUUUCUCUUUUUACUUUCUUCUUUUAUUUUAUGUACCUUCUCUCUUUAUUUACUAUUCUUCUUUCUUUUCUCUCUUUCUUUCUCUUCUUUACUUUUCCUCCUUUUCUUUUCUCUCCUUCUUUCUCUUAUUUACUUUUCCUCUCUUUUCUUUCCUCUCCCUUCUUUCUCUUAUUCACUUUUCCUCCUUUCUUUUCUCUCCCUUCUUUCUCCUAUUUACUUUCUUCUCUUUAUUUUAUGUACCUUCUCUCUCUUUAUUUACUAUUCUUCUUUCUUUUCUCUCUCUUCUUUCUCUUCUUUACUUUUCCUCCUUUUCUUUUCUCUCCCUUCUUUCUCUUAUUUACUUUUUCCUCUCUUUCUUUUCUCUCCUUCUUUCUCUUAUUUACUUUUCCUCUCUUUCUUUUCUCUCUUCUUUCUCUUAUUUACUUUCUUCUCUUUAUUUUAUGUACCUUCUCUCUCUUAUUUACUAUUCUUCUUUCUUUUCUCUCUCUUCUUUCUCUUAUUUACUUUUCCUCCCUUUCUUUUCUUUCCCUUCUUUCUCUUAUUUACUUUUCCUCUCUUUCUUUUCUCUCCCUUCUUUCUCUUAUUUACUUUCUUCUCUUUAUUUUAUGUACCUUCUCUCUCUUAUUUACUAUUCUUUUCUUUCUUUUCUCUCUCUUCUUUCUCUUCUUUACUUUUCCUCUCUUUCUUUUCUCUCCCUUCUUUCUCUUAUUUACUUUUCCUCUCUUUCUUUUCUCUCCCUUCUUUCUCUUAUUUACUUUUCCUCUCUUUCUUUUCUCUCCCUUCUUUCUCUUAUUUACUUUCUUCUCUUUAUUUUAUGUACCUUCUCUCUCUUAUUUACUAUUCUUUUCUUUCUUUUCUCUCUCUUCUUUCUCUUCUUUACUUUUCCUCUCUUUCUUUUCUCUCUCUUCUUUCUCUUAUUUACUUUUCCUCCCUUUCUUUUCUCUCCCUUCUUUCUCUUAUUUACUUUUCCUCUCUUUCUUUUCUCUCCCUUCUUUCUCUUAUUUACUUUUCCUCCUUUUUUUCUCUCCUUCUUUCUCUUAUUUACUUUUCCUCUCUUUCUUUUCUCUCCUUCUUUCUCUUAUUUACUUUCUUCUCUUUAUUUUAUGUACCUUCUCUCUCUUAUUUACUAUUCUUUUCUUUCUUUUCUCUCUCUUCUUUCUCUUCUUUUCCUUUUCCUCUCUUUCUUUUCUCUCCCUUCUUUCUCUUAUUUUACUUUUCCUCUCUUUCUUUUCUCUCCUUCUUUCUCUUAUUUACUUUUCCUCCUUUCUUUUCUCUCCCUUCUUUCUCUUAUUUACUUUUUCCUCCCUUUCUUUUCUCUCCUUCUUUCUCUUAUUUACUUUCUUCUCUUUAUUUUAUGUACCUUCUCUCUCUUAUUUACUAUUCUUUUCUUUCUUUUCUCUCUCUUCUUUCUCUUCUUUUACUUUUCCUCUCUUUCUUUUCUCUCCCUUCUUUCUCUUCUUUACUUUUCCUCUCUUUCUUUUCUCUCCCUUCUUUCUCUUAUUUACUUUUCCUCCCUUUCUUUUCUCUCCCUUCUUUCUCUUAUUUACUUUUCCUCCCUUUCUUUUCUCUCCCUUCUUUCUCUUAUUUACUUUUCCUCUCUUUAUUUUAUGUACCUUCUCUCUCUUUUUUUCUAUUCUUCUCUUUCUUUUCUCUCCCUUCUCUCUCUUAUUUACUUUUCUUCCCUUUCUUUUCUCUCCCUUCUUUCUCUUAUUUACUAUUCUUUUCUUUCUUUUCUCUCCCUUCUUUCUCUUAUUUACUUUUCCUCCCUUUCUUUUCUCUCCCUUCUUUCUCUUAUUUACUUUCUUCUCUUUAUUUUAUGUACCUUCUCUCUCUUAUUUACUUUUCCUCUCUUUCUUUUCUCUCUCUUCUUUCUCUUAUUUACUUUUCCUCUCUUUAUUUUAUGUACCUUCUCUCUCUUUUUUUCUAUUCUUCUCUUUCUUUUCUCUCCCUUCUCUCUCUUAUUUACUAUUCUUUUCUCUCCUAUCUUUCUCUUAUUUACUUUUCCUCUCUUUCUUUUCUCUUCCUUCUUUUUUUCUUUAUUUCUGUUUAAUUAUUUUUUUCGUUGUUUUUCAUUUCUACUUCUUUUUCUUUUAAACCUAAAGAACUCCGCCCUGCUUUUAUUCUUCACAAUAAUCACCAUUUUCAAUUUAUCUUUUUCUGUCUCCCUCGUAUCCUUCCACUCUCUCCUCUCCCCUCACUCUCUCUUUCUCUAG